AUGAUUGCGUUUGUCCUGGCCUUCACGAUCCUUACGGUCAGCGUGCUUAUUUUCCAAUGCGUACCAGCUACUACUCUCUGGGACUCCAGCCUGGAACCUGGUUCUCAUUGCCUUUCGCUCAAAUCCUACGUGACUAUCGGCUUAGUCACCGAUUCCGUUAACGCUGCAGUCGAUCUUAUUUUAUCGACCUUACCGCUCCCUCUUUAUUACACUUCUAACUCCAGCAAAUAUUCCCGAGUUGCAUUGAUUGGGAUUGUUGCUCUUGCAUACAUAGCAUGCAGCGCCGCCAUUACGAAAAUCGUUCGUCUAGCCAAUUUGCUCGCAAUUUCUGAUUCGUGGCGUGAAAGUGAUUACACCCUUUGGACUAGGACUCCUAAAUGGCCGACUAGCAGCCCUGACACGCACGACCACAUUUCACCCAACCGCCCUAUUCGAAUGGGCUCACAUUCCCUACGAAGACAAAGCCGAUCCACCCUCGAUGACUACCGUGCGAGUAGCAUCACUACCCAGCACUCCGGUCCGGAACAACAGCAUAUCACUAGAUAUCCCUCGAGCCAUUAUAAAGUUGAAGUUAGCGCUUCGAGGAAACCUAGUUCUCAAAAUGAUAUGAGACGAGAUGCUAUCCUUGCCGCUGGGCGAUCAGGGUUUCCAGCCAUUGUGAGAACUACUGAUGUAUAUAUACACACGGCGAGUGGGAACAAAGGUGAAUAUGAGGAAGAUGUUGAGAACACAAGUGCAGAAAUUCCGCCUGCUAACUGA